AAAAGCACGAUAUGAGAGCGUGUGAGCUGCGCUGCUCAUAUAUAACUGAUGUUCUAGUAAGUUCUGGAAGGAUACGAACCGUCUUUGUUCAGAGAAAACGUGAACGCUGACUUGUGGAUUCUACUCUGACUAAAAGAUGGCUUCAUUGGGGAGAUUCUCUAAGUGGCUGCCGUAUGGCCCGCUUCCAUCAAAAUCAGGCUUUCCUCUCAGUGACGACGAUGAUGUCUUCUCAGAAGAAGAAGGGGACACCACCAUACGUAAGACCUCGUCGGCGGGUGAAGGACUCAUGCUGUCUGGAAACUGUUCUGCUUUCCAAGAUCAUUCAGAUCAGUUAUACUCAAUAUCUAAAUCAAAAGACUGUGACAGUAAAUGUCUGGACUCAGCCACACCUCCUGGAGCAGCCACUUUAGUGCCAUCAUCAUCUACACCUGGAGAUCUGGCCUUUGCUCAGAAGUGUGCAGAUCUGCACAGAUUUGUCCGUCCUUUGCUUAAACUUCUAAAUGGGCUGAAGACUGGUCGAUUUGACAAAGGCUUAACAAGUUUCCAGCAAAGUAUUGCCAUGGACAGAUUGCAGAGGAUUCUGGGGAUCCUACAGAGACCUGAAAUGGGUGAGAAAUAUCUCCAAAACCUGCUGCAGAUAGAGAUGAUGCUCAAAGUUUGGUUUCCGCAGGUGGCAUUUCAGCGCAUAGUUACGCCAAACCGCAGCGGCACUCCCACAGCUGCAUCACGGUGGCGGCAGAACGAGCUUCACAUGCCAGUUAAAAAACGAAAGCUGAGCUGGUCAGAUCCGGAUCACUGCGGUCCAGUCUUACCCCGACGUAGACACAGUUGCUGUCAGGCUGCAGCUCUGUCGGAAACCGGUUCCAUGUGUCUGCCCGGAGUCCCCGAGAAGCAGAAAUCUCAGCCUGUGGGCAGCUGGUCAGAGUUUACAGACAGCAUGGACACUUUAAACAGGCAGAAAUGCUUCUGUUCCGAGGAAGAAAGUACAAGUUACAAGCGCCUGAAGAUUGCUCCACCUUCCCCUUGUAGCAGCCCGGCGACUCAAGACAGUUCGGUGUCAUCCAGUGUGGCUCUUUCGUCUGCAGGCUCACCUUAGCUGACCUCAGGUGAGCCCGCUGCCACGUGGAGGCGCCUCAGCGUGCCAGCUGGAGUCAGUACUGAGAUCACAUCAGAUUAUGUAAGCGGCACAAAGCUGUCGUGGUAGCUGCACGGACUAAAAAAAAAAAGUGAGAGAGAAGAGGAGGAGACUGUAGAGAGGAUUUGUUAACUCCUAACCAUCCAGCGUGGUUGGGUUUGUUUGUUAGGUUUUUUUGUUUACGUCUUUGCACUAUAUUAUCUUGAAUGCUUUUUUUUUUUGUGAGAUUAUUACAUUUCUGUUUAAGUUAAAGGGUGCACCCACAUCUCAAUACACUGUGUCCCUUAACACUUGUGGUAUCAGCCGUGCAGACAGAGUGGGAUUUAUUGCGCGUCUCUUGAAAUAACCCAACCUGACAAAAUCACAAAGAGAAAAUAAAUUAAAAUGCUGCUGCACACUGCAUUGUAUUCUGUCCGUCCAAGUGCUCCUGUGUACAUUAUCUCAGCAGUCAUUGGUAGUAUGGUCUUAAUUUUGGUGUCAAAAAAACUAUUUUCUCAGAAAAUGUAAUACUGCCAUAAAUGACUAAACUCACCAGCUACUCAGAUCUCAAUUACGACUGAGGCUGUAGAGAAAAUUUUAAUGUAGUAGCUCUAGAAUUUAACCUAGUUGUUUAACAACCAGAGUGUGCAACACACAUGCUUUGUUUACACGCGGUUUAGCGAUACUGUACUAUGCAGUUCCAUGCGAUGUUGACAUUUGAUCAGUUCUGUCCGCAGCUGAAGCACUUUAUCUUUGACUAACGCACAGACCUUCCAUCAUGAUCAAUCCCUACUGGCUGCAAACUGAUUGUUUGAAUUAAUUAUGACCAUGAAUUUGUCCUUUCAAGGUCACCCAGUAUCAAAAAUCAUGAGACCAAUGAUAUUAAAAGAUGAUAUUAGGCUUGACAUCAGUGUUUACCAGUAACCAUAGGUGUAUCUUUAACCAAUUAGUUGAAAUUACAAUGAUUCUAAAUGUCUCCUAUGUGGUAUUGGGGCCAAAAUAUGACUUUGGCCUGUGACUGUGGCUUUUACACUUCAUGUGUAAUUUGUUAAGCACUUUCAACUGGAACUUGCAUUUUUUUCACAUCACAGAACACAGAUUUACUAAUAUUUAUUUUUUUUCCCUAGUAGAUGUAGAAAUAAUUUGAAGAAAUAGAUGAACAGAAAACGAGUUCAGCUUUGAGCAGAGAGGUGAUUAUUAAUGUGCAAUUGGAAAGAAGAAUAUGUAUGUAUGUAUGUAUGUGUGUGUAUAUUUUAAAUCAACCUUUUACAGUUAAAGAUUGUUGGGGUUUCACUUUAAAUACGGUCCAAAACAUGCAUGUCUGUAGCCGUGCAUGUACAAUCUUCUGUAAGCACAAACCGACUCCUGAAGUGGUUCAUUUGGGAUUCUAUUUCUUCACAUGCUGCUUAAUUGAGUGUAUUUAGUCCGUGACAGAGCUGUCAGUUUAAAAGGAAAAAACUACUGCAUCUUAUCUUUUUGUUCUUAUUGUUGUUUUAUUGGAAAAGUAUUAACGGGUGUGAUGUAGGGACCUGGUUCCCAACCUGAGUUUCCAACCACCCCCCUCAUGCCCCCAUAGGAAGCACUGAAAUCACAGGGGGUGCCUGAACAUUUGUCUGCUAACAAAUUGUCAAAAUCAGAAGUUCACAUUAAAUAAAGUUUAAAAAAAAAAAAGACUUGACACCCCCCCCCCCCCAAAAAAAAAACAAAAAAAAAAAAUUCUAAUUA